UAUAAACCUUUCACAGGAUCACAGUGGUACCUGAGCUGUUCAUUCAACAUGAUGGCUGUUUAUUGUACUGCAGGGGCUUUGCUGCUUGUUUUGCUGACUGGUUGGAGUUACAGUUACCCUAUGAAGCAAGCUCAGUCCAGUUUUCAGAAUGCACCUCCAGGAUAUGCUCAAGGCUCUUCUGCAGGCCCUGCCUCUAAACAAGGCAUCUCCUGGGCUGUUGCACCUCCCAGUCCCUUUUCUGCUGGAGCAUCCACAGGACCUAGCACUCAGCAGUUUGCUGCCAGUGGACCUGCCCCUCAACCGCUUGGCCUGAGCUUUAUGAUCCGGCCUGACUAUUUUCUUCCACAGUACCAAGCAGGGGAACUUUUCCAGGAACGGAGAAGCUUUGAGCAAGGCAACUCUGAAUCUGAGAACGAAGCGCAAGGUUCCAUGCCACCACCUCGUUUCUUCUAUGCUGCACAUCCUUCACAAGGCUUUAAUGGAAGACCGGUGCCGUCAGGCCUGGUCCCAUAUCCUUACCCUUCCUAUGACUACAUGUUCCUGACUGGCCCGUAUCCUCCAGGCACGUAUACUUACGCCACCAACAGCUUUGAGCAGGGGAGGGACAGCUGGGAGAACUCUCACUACACAAAGGCCAACUAUCCCAGCACACAGCAGGCCAAAAACAUCCCUUCUAGACCUCGCACAGUCAGGCAGGCGAGUACUGGGAGUGCUGGUCAUGGUCUGAGUGGUGCAGCGACUGGACCACAGCAGCCCUACAGUGGAGUUGGUGUCCAAGAGUCUUACUCGCAGCUGGGUCGACACCGCCGGGGAGCGCCAAGAGCAUUCAUGCAAAAGGUUGGCUAAAGGUUAACUCUGAAGUCUUGUCAAUAAAGAGUUUAACUUUUA